CGUACCUUGAAUGUGAUGCUGAGGAACUCGGUGGUGAGGAGUUCUCCACAACAGCAUGAUGAUGUCGUGCCGUAUUUUAAGACAGAGCCAGGCCUGCCGCAGAUUCACCUGGAAGGCAACCGCCUUGUUCUCACUUGCCUCGCUGAAGGGAGCUGGCCUUUGGAGUUCAAGUGGAUGCACAAUGACAGUGAGCUCACCACCUACAGCAGCGAAUAUAAGUACAUCAUCCCGUCCUUACAGAGGCUUGACGCUGGGUUUUACCGCUGUGUGGUGCGAAACAGGAUGGGAGCUCUCUUGCAGAGAAGAUCAGAAGUUCAAGUUGCAUAUAUGGGAAAUUUCAUGGAUACGGACCAGAGGAAAACGGUUUCUCAAGGACACGCAGCAGUUCUCGACUUCCUGCCCAUCAGCAGCUGCCCCAGACCGCAGGUGACGUGGUUUAGAGAAGGGCACAAGAUCGUUCCCAGCAGCAGAAUAGCCAUCACACUGGAAAAUCAACUGGUGAUCCUUGCAGCGACAGCGGGUGAUGCCAGGGUUUACUACGCACAGGCCGUCAACGAACGCAACGGAGACAGCAAGACCAGCCCGCUCGUUCACCUGAGCGUAGCAGGAGAUGCUGGCGCCCCCGAAACCGUGGCUCCCGUCAUUGUGAUCCCCCCAGGCAACAGAAGCGUGGUGGCCGGGUCCAGCGAGAUCACCUUGGAAUGCGUGGCCAACGCCAGGCCUGUUGAGUUGCUGAGCGUGAACUGGAAGAGAAACGGGAUGAGGGUCACCAGUGGGCUCCACGGCUUUGGGAGACGUCUCACCAUCAGCAACCCGACGUCCGCGGACACCGGGGCAUACGUCUGCGAGGCGACACUGACGGGAAGCACUUUCGAACCAGCCACGGCGAAAGCCUUUCUUUCUAUCAUAGAGCCACCGUAUUUUACCGCUGAGCCCGAGCGUCGGAUUUUAGUGGACGUGGAAGAAACCGUGGACAUCGUCUGUCGAGCAAUGGGGGUCCCUCUCCCCACUCUCCAGUGGUACAAGGAUGCCGUCUCCAUCGGCAAGCUCCACAAUCCUCGAUACAAGAUGCUUGCGAGCGGAGGCCUGCGCAUCCAGCAUCUGCGUCCAGAGGACUCCGGAAUCUUCCAGUGCUUUGCCAGUAACGAAGGAGGGGAGAUCCAGACCUACACGUACCUGGACGUCACCAAUGUCGCCCCGGCGUUCACGCAGCUGCCAGUGGACACCACGGUCACCGACGGGAUGACAGCCACUCUGAGGUGCGAGGUGUCCGGGGCGCCCAAGCCCGCCAUCACUUGGAGGAGAGGAAAACAUAUUUUGGCCAGUGGCUCUGUGCGCAUUCCUAGGUUUAUGCUUCUGGAAUCCGGGGGUCUGCAGAUAACCCCCGUCUUCAUCCAGGAUGCUGGCAACUACACCUGCUAUGCCACCAACACGGAGGGGUCCCUGAGCGCGUCUGCAGCACUGACUGUGUGGAAUCGUACGUCCAUCGUUAACCCUCCCGAGGACCGCGUGGUGAUUAAGGGGACCACGGCCACUCUGCACUGCGGAGCCACUCAUGACCCCCGGAUCACUCUCCGCUACGUGUGGAAAAAGGACAAUGCAAUCAUCACCCCAUCUGGCAGUUCCAGGAUCGUGGUGGAGAAGGACGGGUCCCUUGUCAUUAGCCAGACGUGGUCGGGUGACAUCGGAGACUACACCUGUGAAAUCCUCUCGGAAGGGGGGAAUGACUCCAGGACGGCCCGGCUGGAGGUGAUUGAACUGCCUCAUUCACCUCAGAACCUCCUGGCCGGCCUGAACUCUUCCCACAGCCACGCCGUGACGCUCUCGUGGGUUCGACCCUUUGACGGAAACAGCCCAGUCCUCUACUACAUCGUGGAGCUGUCUGAAAACAACUCUCCGUGGAAAGUGCAUCUGUCAAACGUCGGCCCCGAGAUGACAGGCGUCACCGUGCGCGGCCUGACUCCAGCUCGCACCUAUCAGUUCAGGGUGUGUGCCGUGAAUCAAGUGGGCAAGGGUCAGUACAGCGCAGAGACGAGCAGGUUGGUGUUACCCGAAGAGCCGCCCAGCGCUCCCCCGAAGAAUAUCGUGGCCAGCGGGCGUACCAAUCAGUCCAUCAUGGUCCAGUGGCAGCCGCCCCCAGAGACGGAGCACAACGGGGUGCUGCGCGGGUACAUCCUCAGGUACCGCCUGGCCGGCCUGCCCGGGGAGCACCAGCAGCGGAACAUCACCAGCCCGGAGGUCAACUACUGCCUGGUGACCGAGCUGAUCAUCUGGACCCAGUAUGAAAUCCAGGUGGCAGCUUACAACGGGGCGGGCCUGGGAGUCUUCAGCAGGGCCGUGACUGAGUACACCCUACAAGGAGUGCCUACCGCACCCCCCCAGAAUGUGCAGACGGACGCUGUGAAUUCCACAACCAUCCAGUUCCUGUGGAACCCUCCACCUCAGCAGUUCAUCAAUGGCAUCAACCAGGGAUACAAGCUUCUGGCAUGGCCCGCAGAGAUCCCGGAGGCCAUCACUGUGGUCACCAUUGCGCCAGAUUUCCAUGGAGCCCACCACGGGUAUAUAACGAACCUGAAGAAGUUCACUGCCUACUUCACGUCAGUCCUGUGUUUCACCACUCCGGGGGACGGGCCUCCAAGCACGCCUCAGCUCGUACGGACUCAUGAGGACAAACCAGGAGCUGUGGGACAUCUGAGUUUCACGGAGAUUCUGGACACAUCCCUCAAGGUCAGCUGGCAGGAGCCUCUGGAAAAAAAUGGCAUUAUUACAGGCUACCAGGUCUCCUGGGAGGUAUACGGCAGGAACGGCUCCCGGCUCACCCACACCCUCAACAGCACGACUCACGAAUACAAAAUCCAAGGACUGUCCUCGCUCACCACCUACACCAUCGACGUGGCUGCCGUCACCGCGGCGGGGGCCGGCCUGGCGACCUCGUCCACCAUUUCUUCCGGAGUGCCGCCAGAGCUCCCUGGUGCCCCGUCCAACCUGGUCAUUUCCAACAUCAGCCCCCGCUCAGCCACACUUCAGUUCCGCCCCGGCUACGACGGGAAGACGUCCAUCUCCAGGUGGAUCGUAGAGGGACAGGUUGGAGCCAUUGGAGAGGAGGAGGAGUGGGUCAGCCUCUACGAGGAGGAGAAUGAGCCUGACGCCCAGACGCUGGAGAUCCCAAACCUCACACCCUACACUCAUUACAGAUUUCGAAUGAGGCAGGUGAACAUCGUCGGUGCCAGCCCCUUCAGCCAGUCCUCCCGGGUCAUCCAGACCCUGCAGGCGCCCCCGGACGUGGCUCCGACCAGCAUCACCGUGCGGACUGCUAGCGAGACCAGCCUGCGGCUCCGCUGGGUGCCCCUGCCCGAUUCCCAGUACAACGGGAACCCCGAGUCGGUGGGCUACAGGAUUAAGUACUGGCGCCCCGACCUGCGGCCCCAGGCACUGGCACAGGUCAUCAACGACCGGCUGGAGAGGGAGUUCACCAUCGAGGGCCUGGAGGAGUGGACGGAGUACGAGCUCCAGAUGCAGGCGUUCAACGCCAUCGGCGCCGGGCCCUGGAGCGAGGCGGUGCGGGGCCGCACGCGCGAGUCAGUUCCUUCAGCCGCGCCUGAAAAUGUGUCCGCGGAGGCUGUGAGCUCGACCCAGAUUUUACUGACAUGGGCUUCGGUACCAGAACAGGACCAGAACGGGCUCAUCCUGGGCUACAAGAUCCUGUUCCGGGCCAAAGAGCUGGAUCCCGAGCCCCGCAGCCACGUCGUGCGCGGGAACCACACGCAGUCGGCGCUGCUGACGGGUCUCCGGAAGUUUGUGCUGUACGAGCUCCAGGUGCUGGCGUUCACCCGCAUCGGGAACGGAGUCCCCAGCUCUCCCCUCCUCCUGGAGCGGACCAAGGAUGACGCCCCAGGCCCACCCGUGAGGCUCGUGUUUCCUGAAGUGAGACUCACGUCCGUGCGGAUCGUGUGGCAGCCGCCGGAGGAGCCCAACGGCAUCAUCCUGGGCUACCAGAUCGCCUACCGCCUGGCCAGCAGCAGCCCCAACACGUUCACCACGGUGGAGGUGGGCGCCACGGUGAGGCAGUUCACGGCCACGGAGCUGGCCCCAGAGUCGGCCUACAUCUUUCGGCUGUCGGCCAAGACGAGGCAGGGCUGGGGGGAGCCACUGGAGGCCACCGUCAUCACCACUGAGAAGAGAGAGCGGCCGGCGCCCCCCAGAGAGCUCCUGGUGCCCCAGGCAGAAGUGACGGCUCGCAGCCUCCGGCUCCAGUGGGUCCCGGGCAGCGACGGGGCCUCCCCCAUCCGCUAUUUCACCGUGCAGGUGCGAGAGCUGCCUGGGGGAGAGUGGCACACGUACUCCUCGUCCAUCAGCCACGAGGCCACGGCCUGUGCUGUCGAAAGGCUGAGGCCCUUCACCUCCUACAAGCUGCGCCUGAAAGCCACCAAUGACAUCGGGGACAGUGACUUCAGUGCGGAGACGGACGCCGUCACCACGCUGCAAGACGUUCCAGGAGAGCCUCCCAGUUCCGUCUCGGUGACACCGCACACGACCUCCUCCGUUCUGAUCCAGUGGCAGCCUCCGAGAGACGAGAGCCUGAACGGCCUCCUCCAGGGAUACCGGAUCUACUACCGGGAGCUGGAGUCCGAGGCCUCCUCAGCCACGGCCUCCAAGACGCUCAAAACGCCCUCGGCUCUACGGGCCGAGCUCACAGCCCAAAGCAGCUUCAAGACCGUGAACAGCAGCUCCACGUUAACGACGUAUGAAUUAACACAUCUGAAGAAAUACCGGCGCUAUGAGGUCGUCCUGACGGCCUACAACAUCAUCGGCGAGAGCCCGGCCAGCGCACCCGUCGAGGUCUUUGUCGGCGAGGCCGCCCCGGCCAUGGCCCCGCAGAACGUCCAGGUGACCCCGCUCACGGCCAGCCAGCUGGAGGUCACGUGGGAGCCGCCGCCACCGGAGAGCCAGAACGGGAACAUCCAGGGCUACAAGGUUUACUACUGGGAGGCAGACAGCCAGAACGAAACAGAGAAGAUGAAGGUCCUGUUCCUGCCAGAGACCGUGCUGAAACUGAAGAACCUGACUGGUCACACCCCUUACCGGGUCAGCAUUUCGGCCUUCAACGCGGCUGGAGACGGGCCCCGGAGUGACCCCAGGCAGGGGCGCACCCACCAGGCCGCUCCGGGGACCCCCAGCUUUUUGGCGUUCUCAGAAAUAACCUCUACCACGCUUAACGUCUCGUGGGGCGAGCCGGUGGCAGCCAACGGCGUCCUGCAGGGCUACCGAGUGGUCUACGAGCCCUUAGCGCCUGUGCAAGGGGUGAGCAAGGUGGUGACGGUGGAUGUGAAGGGGAACUGGCAGCGCUGGCUGAAGGUCCGGGAUCUCACCAAAGGAGUGACCUACUUCUUCCGUGUACAAGCGCGGACCAUCGCCUACGGGCCCGAGCUGCAAGCGAACGUCACGGCCGGGCCCGCCGAGGGCUCCCCGGGGUCCCCCAGAGAUGUCUCGGUCAGCAAGUCCGCCUCUGAGCUAACCCUGCAGUGGACGGAGGGAAGCGUGGGCAGGACUCCCACCACGGGCUACGUCAUCGAGGUCAGGCCCUCAGAUGAAGGCCUGUGGGACAUGUUUGCGAAGGACAUCCCCCGGAGUGCCACCUCCUACACCGUCAGCCUGGACAAGCUCAGGCAGGGGGUGACGUACGAGUUCCGAGUGGUGGCCGUGAACCAGGCGGGCUACGGGGAGCCCAGCAGCCCCUCUACAGCCGUGUCAGCGCAAGUGGAGACCCCGUUCUACGGGGAGUGGUGGUUCCUCCUGGUGAUGGCGCUGUCCAGCCUGAUCGUCCUGCUGCUGGUGGUGUUUGCUCUGGUCUUGCACGGGCAGAACAAGAGAUACAAGAACUGCGGCACAGGGAAGAACAUCUCCAACGUGGAGGAGACCGUGACCCUGGACAACGGAGGGUUUGCCGCCUUGGAGCUCAACAGCCGCCACCUCAAUGUCAAGAACACCUUCUCAAAGAAGAACGGGACCAGGUCCCCACCCCGGCCCAGCCCCGGCGGGCUGCACUACUCAGACGAGGACAUCUGCAACAAAUACAACAGCGCCGUGCUGACCGAGAGCACAAACCUCAAGGAGAAGUCUGUGGACGCUUCAGAAUCUGAGGGCACCGACUCCGAAUCUGAGGACACGCCCCCCCAGCACUCCUUCGUCAACCACUACAUGAGCGACCCCACCUACUACAACUCGUGGAAGCGGCGAGCCCCGGGCGGGCGCGCCCCGCACAGGUACGAGGCGGUGGCGGGCGGCGAGGCGGGGCCGCACCUGCACACGGUGGUCACCACACAAAGCGCCGUGUUCGCGCCCGCGGGCCCCGGCGCCCGGACUCCGCUCACCGGCUUCUCCUCCUUCGUGUGACGGCCGCGGCGGGGCCUCCGCGCACCUUCCAGCCUCCUUUUGUUAAGACAAUCAACUCCAGUAACUGAGCUCAAGCUUUUGUUCAAACAAGAAUUCUGAUAAGUGAUGAUUUUACCUACUUGUGAACACUAGAUUUCAAUUAGAAAGGUUUUUUUAACGGCUUUUUGUAACAUCGCUGCAGGAAGCGGGUUUCUUUGUUUUCUUUUCUUUUUACGAGAAGGUGUAUCUCCGUGGUGCGGUGGCGAGGGGACCCCAGACCCCCCCAGUCCUGGGUGUCUCCAUCCCACGCCAAGUAGGGAGGCUGCGGGGGGAGGGGGGCAGGAGGAGCGGGGGCCAAGUGCGAUGUCCGCCCACGUCCAGGCCGCUGCUUCCUCUUCUCUACCUCCUGUGCCUCCGGAGAACCAGCCUGCUCCCGCCCGCUCCUGGCCUCUGCGGAGCGAAGUGUGUGCCCCGGGCUGAGCGCUUCUCGGCCCGACCCCAUCCAUCUCUGAAAUAUUCUCACUCCGCAGUUUGUAGGCAAGGAAUCGGCUUUCAGGUUCCUGGCGAGGGGGCAAGAGAUUCCGAGGGGGGGUCCUCUGGCCGGCUGACGGCUCAGCGGUCGCACCUUGCAUCCUUCCAGUGGUGAAAUCCCCGGGGCUUUUGUCUUCCUUUCUUUGCCUGAAGCCAACGGCGCAGAGCAGGGACCCACCCCCAGGGCUGCGAGUGGGCGCGGGCCCUCCCUUCUCGAGCGUGUCCUUCCCGUGAACAGCACACGGCCCACCCCGCGAACCCAGAGAGAGCAAGACGGCGCUUUCAGAAUUGCUUGUUGUGUAAGAGGCGUGCGUUGUUAACCAGAGGAUUUUUUAAAUCUUUUUAUCUUUUUUUAAACUAUGUCACAUGAAAUGAAUGAGUCUCUGCUGUCUCCAGGUGCCUUUUUAUUAAUUGUUUAGCUUUGUACAUGAGAAAGACGGAAAGCGUCGGUGUCUCCAAAUAAAGCGAAACAGCUCUGAGAAAGUGGGGCCCCGAAUUGCCUCCUCCCCGCCAGGCCUCCCGCGAGCGCCCCCCCCGCCCCGGUCUCCUUGUCCCGCCCGCUGCCCACUGCCUUGACCGCCAGUGCUGCUGUCCCUGCCCCCAGCCCAGCCCAGCUUUCAGCCUUAACAGGUUUUCUGGAAACUAUUUUUUCCCCCUUUGCUACUUUAGUUUUCAUCUUUUAGCUACGUGAGAAUAGCAUGAACUACUUUGAAAUUUCCAGAGCCCGAAGUGUACCUGUGGCUCCAGCCAUCACAUUAUUCUUCCAAGAGGUGGCCGAGGUGACUGAGGAGCCGUCAGCCAACCCCCCAGGCCGGAGCCGAGGUCCAGGUGUAACCGGCGGGCGCCCAGAGCUCCUGGAGGGCCCCGUGUCCCCACCUCGCUAGCAGGAGGGUGGCCAUGACAAUGCACAGCCACCCUGUCGACACCCCCAAGGAGCAGGGGUGACCUGUGACCUGCCAGUGCCCUGACGGUAGGGGAGCCGGUCCUGUGGCCCCAUAUAGAGCGUGUGGUAUCUCCUCGGCUCUAGUCCGUCUACACUUCCGUCGGGCCCUCUGCUUUCCCAGCGGCCGCCUGUGGCCCCCGGAGGCCAAGGAGAGUUUUGCGUUGGGUGAAAAGCCCCUUUUCAGUUUUUCCAACAGUUGAUGGUGUGGAAAGGUUCCUCUCUCUCUCCUUCUCUCUCUCUCUCUCUCUCUCCCCUCCUUUUCCUUCCCUCCCUUCCUUCUCUCCUUCCUGCCUUCUUUUUGUGAGCGGAGGCAGAAAUAUUCUAAACCAAAAAUCCUAGAUGCUCUGCCCAAAGCCACUUGUGCGUGAGAAUCACCCCCAACAGUUCACUGGACAGGACGCACCUUGGGGCCCCAAGCCCGGCUCCGUCCUCUCGGCCCCAGGACGGCCGGCGAGGGGGCAGGAACCCGCGCGAGGCGACAGGCUGCAAGCUGAACUUCUUGGAAGACAGACGCCCGGUGGAGAACACGGACAAACUGCCUUCUGUGCACUUCGAGCUCUAAGCCAUACGGACUUCGCUUUAAAAUAUGGGGGAAAGUGUUGUCACGUCUCAGAAUGAGGACCCUUUGGUUGGAGGUGUGUUCUUUGCUUUGGGGUUUUUGCGACAACAUGAAGCUUUUUUUCAGGUUCGUUAUAUUUCCUGUACUUUCUCUUUCUCUGCUUUUACUGAACUUUUUGUGUAUGGGAUCGUCUGUCUGAGGCUCUGCUGGCACCGUGGCUGCUGACGGACUGUUAGCACCUGCUCCCCCCCCCCCCCCCGCCCCCCGCCCUGUCCCUCGGGGGCCCUGGCCCAUGAGAGACACCUGCACCAAAGCAACAGACUGGGCGUCCGCAGUUAGGUUUCAGCCUCCCCGGGCAGUGUGGGCGUCCACGGGCAUCAGUCCCCAGCCUCUCACCUGGUAGGAAGCAAAACAGACACCACACCAUAGGAGAAUAGGUAUUGAUUGGAUUUUAAUCUCCGUCCUAAGAACAGAACAAGCAACGCUUCUCUAACCACGACCGGAUGAAAUGUCCUCAUCUUGCCUUCUUCUGUAGUGACGUCAUUCGGGUGCCUUACGGUGAGCGGUGGCUGAGCCCCCCCACGCACUCCCUCAUCGCUCACCGGGCAGGUCGUUGGGCGAUGAGCUGUCCUUCCCGUGUGCGGGUGAGCCAGCAAAGCGGCCAGGCGGGGCCGAGCUCUGUCGGAGCUGGCGGGACGGGACGGGCCGGCCCUCUCCGCCCGGGCACCAGGGCACAGGUUUCCAGGCAGGUGAGCGGCGGGGGCGGCUGCGGGCGGUCCCCGCACCCAACGGGCAUUAAGCACAUCAGCAAGGCCUCACGCACCCCUUCCUGAAUAAAUUGGCCCAGAGCGAACCCUGUCCUUCCCCAGCCUUGCCUUCCGUUUCACUCACCGCCGUGCUUGUAAGGCGUACUCGAUUCAGCGUCGUAGCAGAGGACGGUGUGACGUAGGGCAACGUGGGGGCGCGUCCCCCGCGCCGCGAGCGACGGCAGAGGCCCUCGGCCAGGGAAUCCGUCCAGGCCGCGGGGAGGAAGGGUCGCGCGCACGCUGUAAACUUCUUUUGAUGCUGUGCUUGUAUUUGACCACGACUGGACUGAAGCAUGGUGUUUGCGUCACGGAUCGUAGCAUGGUCUCUAGUUUUUACCAAUUCUCGGCACACGGUGUAGUCGUUCUCCCAACGAGCAAUCCACCCGCGUAUCCAAAUCUGGCUCUCUUUAGCUCGGCAUCCCAGUAGCCUGGAUCCGGUCCGGAAGGCGGGAACACCGCAGCAACCCGUGACCCGAGCUAGUCUGCUGAGGGUCCUCUCCAUUCCUCUCAGCGUCGCCUUCCGAUUUAUCGAGAGCUUAGGUCAGUCCUGAAGUUUUCCCGGCAAUGUUUUCUGGAGUUGUGCAGAAUCCCAGAUCUCAUUUG